UUAAUGGAAUUCAUGGAAAACUAGAGACAUUGCUUUAGUAGGAGUUUUAGCUACUGGAGUGGUUAUUGGAUUUGGAAAUUUAAUUACAAUGUCCUCGAAAGGCGAACAUCAAACGGUGCCUCUCUCGGUUCUACUGAAACGGGAAUCAGAAAGCGAAAAGAUCGAAGAUCCCGAGAUUUUACAUGGACACGCGAGCCAGAGCAAGAAAGGUGAAGACUUUACAUUGCUUAAAACAGAAUGCCAACGAGCAAUGCGACGAGAUGAUGUUGCCACAUUCUCAGUGUUCGGGCUCUUUGAUGGACACAAUGGGUCUGCUGCUGCUAUUUACACAAAGGAGAAUCUCCUUAAUAAUGUCCUAAAUGCUAUUCCUGCGGAUCUUAAUAGGGAUGAAUGGGUUGCUGCACUGCCGAGGGCUAUGGUUGCAGACUUUGUCAAAACAGAUAAAGAUUUUCAAGAGAGAGCAAAAACUUCGGGAACUACUGUAACCUUUGUGAUAAUAGAAAGAUGGGUUGUAACAGUUGCAUCAGUUGGUGAUUCCCGUUGUAUAUUUGAAUCGGCUGAAGGUGAUAUAUAUUACUUGUCAGCUGAUCAUAGGCUUGAGUGCAAUCAAGAGGAGAGGAAGCGAAUCACAGCAAGUGGUGGUGAGGUUGGGCAGUUAAAUACUGGUGGUGGUGCACAGAUUGGUCCUUUGAGAUGUUGGCCAGGAGGUUUUUGUCUUUCACGUUCUAUUGGCGACAUGGAUGUUGGGGAGUACAUUGUUCCUGUUCCAUAUGUAAAGCAAGUAAAGUUGUCUACAGCUGGUGGUAGGCUAAUUAUCUCUAGUGAUGGUGUUUGGGAUGUGUUAUCAGCCAAAGUAGCUCUUGAUUGUUGUCGUGGAAUGCCACCAGAUGCUGCAGCUGCACAGAUUGUGAAAGAAGCUGUACAGGCAAAGGGUCUUCGAGAUGAUACAACCUGCAUUGUUGUUGAUAUCUUACCAGUGGAGAAGCCACCUCCUCCUUUGCCACCCCCAAAGAAGGCAGUAAAAGGUAAGUUGAAGUCCAUGUUUCGCAAGAAGCCAUCUGAAUCAUCGUCUCAUUCUGAUAAAGAAUAUAUGGAGCCAAACAUGGUGGAGGAACUAUUUGAGGAGGGAUCUGCUAUGCUUUCAGAAAGGUUUAAUACAAAAUAUCCUGUGUGCAACAUGUUUAAGCUGUUCACGUGUGCAGUCUGUCAAUUAGAGAUGAAACCUGGAGAGGGUAUUUCAAUUCAUGCUGGCACAUCUAAUUCAUUAAAGUUACGUCCCUGGGAUGGUCCUUUCCUCUGCACUAGUUACCAGGAGAAGAAAGAAGCCAUGGAAGGGAAAAGACCUUCAGGAAGUAAUGACAAAACUCUCACAUUCCUCUUUUUGUUUAUUGCAAACUUAUGCUAAAAGCUCUUUCAACUUUUAUUUUUAAAAUUUUUUCUCCUGUUUUCAGAUAGACAUGAUAGUGACAUUGAUUAGCUAGACCUCCCAAAUUAUUGUGGCGUUUUAUGGAUACUAACAGUUGUUUCGGAGGUGGGUGUAAAUGGGAAGAUAUCACAAUCAUAUACUAUUGUAAUUUCAUUCAAUUGCUUAUUGGGGGUCAUGGAGCAUUCUGGUCCACUUGCAACUGAGGAUUCAUUUAGAUAUAUAUUCCAAUUAAGAAGAUCAGAGUUCAAACAUGUGUCUAGAUCUGUUUUCUGGGUUCUGAAUAAGAAGAAUGGUGUUUACAUCGAGUGAAAAUUAAAAAAAGAGAAGAUAUGCUGAAGAUUUCAUAGACUCGGCAGUGCAUAGUGGCAUGCUUCAGAGGUAAUUCUUUUUUCAUCUGUGUUUAUCCCAUUGUAUACCGGUCGCUCCAAGUCGUAAAACUAACACUAAAUGAUAGUGGACUUGAAAGUGUAAUUCUUAUAAUAUAUAGGGAAUUGUUGAGUACUCGAUACACUUUUGUCAGAAGUUAGGCAAAACUUUGCAUGAUUAUCUUGCUGAAUGAAAUUUGUUCAUGUUGAUAAUUGUUCCUUUAAAAAAAUAAUAUU